UCCCUUCACUCCCUCCGCCCCUCCGCUGUGGAGAAACUCUAGAGGCGCGUUACCCAGCCAGCAGCUGGGGGUUCCGGUAGGCUGAGUCCUGCUCCGUCGCCGUUACUCCGUUAUUCUCCACCCCGAAUCCGAAGAGUGUAAAGGCGACAGACAUGGACAACGCGGGCAAAGAACGGGAGGCGGUGCAGCUGAUGGCGGAGGCCGAGAAGCGCGUGAAGUCCUCCCACUCGUUCUUGAGAGGGCUGUUUGGAGGAAAUACAAGAAUAGAAGAGGCUUGUGAGAUGUAUACGAGAGCUGCAAACAUGUUCAAGAUGGCCAAAAAUUGGAGUGCUGCAGGAAAUGCUUUUUGUCAGGCUGCCAAGUUGCAUAUGCAGCUACAGAGCAAACAUGAUUCUGCUACAAGUUUUGUAGAUGCUGGAAAUGCUUACAAAAAGGCCGAUCCACAAGAGGCUAUCAACUGCUUAAAUGCAGCCAUCGAUAUUUACACAGACAUGGGAAGAUUUACAAUUGCAGCCAAGCAUCACAUUACUAUUGCUGAGAUAUACGAAACCGAGCUGGUAGAUAUUGAAAAGGCUAUUGCACAUUAUGAACAAUCAGCUGACUAUUAUAAAGGAGAAGAAUCAAACAGUUCAGCCAACAAGUGUCUUCUUAAGGUGGCAGCGUAUGCUGCUCAACUGGAACAGUACCAGAAAGCAAUUGAAAUCUAUGAGCAGGUUGGGGCAAACACUAUGGACAAUCCUUUGUUGAAAUACAGUGCGAAAGAUUAUUUCUUUAAAGCAGCCCUUUGUCACUUCAUAGUUGAUGAAUUGAAUGCUAAGCUUGCUCUUGAGAAAUAUGAAGAAAUGUUUCCAGCAUUUACUGAUUCAAGAGAAUGCAAAUUAUUAAAAAAACUACUAGAAGCUCAUGAGGAACAGAACAGUGAAGCUUAUACUGAAGCGGUGAAAGAAUUUGACUCGAUAUCUCGCUUGGAUCAGUGGCUUACUACUAUGUUACUUCGUAUCAAAAAGUCAAUUCAAGGGGAUGGAGAAGUGGAUGGUGACCUGAAGUGAAUUGCCUAUAAUUUUUGUGGCAUGCAGCCUAACUCCUAUUUAUGUAUAUGUUAAUGGCCAGUGACCAUUACGGGAUACCCCAUUUCCCAUUAAUGGCUUCAUUUUUGUUGCAUAUAAACCAGAUGACUGCAUAUUGUUUAAGAUCCCUGUGUCUAUGUUAUGAUGAAAUGGAUGAAUAAGGGUCCUCUAAUGUUGUUUGUAUGUGCUUUGGAAAUAGUAUAUAUUUGUCAGAUUUCUAAGAUCUCUGGAAAAAAAUAUUUCAUGAAAUAAUAUAUUUUUCAUUCCUUUUCAGUGUUUAAAGAACCCAGGUUUUAUUUUUGCUUGAUGUUUCUGUAUGGUGCCUUAGACUUUAGCACCAAUUUAAUCAUGUAAAUAUGUGCUUUAUGCACAUGGAAUACACAUAUUAGCAUUUUAAUCUAUAUUAGCUUUAAACAUGUGUAUGCAAUGGGCAGUUGUCGGGGAUGAGUUUAUCUUUUUGUUUUGUUGGAAAUGAAUUUAGGAGUUUUUUUAGUUAUUACAAAACUAUCUUACUGGUGCUAGUGAUUAGCUCCUUUGCUUUUAUACCCUGUUUAUGGGCAUAAAAAAGGCUAUGUAGUGAUCUGGGUCUGUUGGUAUUACUUGUCAUGAGUAUAGGGAUAGCUAACAGAUUAUUUUUCUCAUGCCAGGAAAUUAAAAAUCAAAUUCAGUCAUCAUCACAUACACAUGUAUUGCUGAAAAACUCAUGAGGAACAGAACAUGAAGUUGGUCCAUGCAGAGAUUUUAGAGACCUUGGCGUCAUGGCUAGAAUGCUAAAUUUAAAAGUCAGAAAAAUUUCAGUUCAAACCCAAUUUCUGACACCUAUUAGCUGUGUGACUACGGGCAGGUCACUUAAUAUCUUUGAGCUUGUUUCCUUCCCUGUAAAAUGGUGAUACUACCUGUGGUACCUACCUCACACUGUUGUUGUGAGGACUUAAAUGAGAUAAUGUAUGUGAAUUAUUUUGCAAACUUUUAAUUACUAUUUAAAUAUCAGUUAUUAUUAUUAUGCCCAUGCAACUAUAAUGUUGUUACAAAUAUUUUUGUUACAGUAUUUUUUUUCUUUUUUCUGGUUUGAAAUGUUAGAAUUUUUUCAAGUAAUAAAAAAAGUUAGUGCACCAUAGUUAUCAUGUGAUAGUAAUUGCUGUGUACCACUAAUCUCUAAACAAAUGUCUGUAUAUAUAGACACAGGAAAAAUUUCACAUUCCUAGCUGUUAUUUGUUGUACAAAUUACUAUGUGUAGAUAGUAUAGUAAGAUUUCCAUUGCCUCACUGUGUGUACACAUAAAGUAUAUGUGUAUUCUAUAUGAAAUAGUUGUUUCAUUAGAAAAUUUUUCUCAUUUUUGAUUUAUGGUAAUUUUAUUUCCAUCUCCAGAAUCACAGAAAAAUUGGUUUGAUCAGGAAACAUAUUUUUCUUACUUUUUUAAUGCCACUUAACUCUGCUAAGAUGUUGUGCUCUUUUCUAUACACUUGUGGUAUGUCAGAGAAAGGUAGGCUUUUAGGAUUGUUGGCAAUGAGUUAUAUGCAAUUCAUUUGGUUUAAUUAGUGAUUUCAGCGUUGCUCUUUUUUUCCACAUAUUUAUUCUUCUGGUUAGGAAGUCAAAUAAAUUUACUAGGGGACCAUUAAGAAUCUCUCAGCAGAUGAUUGUAUAUUUGAAAUGAUUUAAUGUUUGAAGCUAUUUUGGGCUGUCUUUAUUUUCAGUCUUAUAAAAAACAAUCCUAGCUGUUAGGUUACUGAACAGAUGCUGUUUGUAGACAUAGUAAUGUUUCUAGCCUAUCACUGUGCUGCUGAUAAUAUUUCUUAGGCUGAAGUGGCCAUGUUGAUAUUUUUUAGAUACUAAGACUAACGUAAAGAAGUAUCCCAUAGUUUGUUUUAAACUAUUUUGCCCUACUAAAGACAUAAAUAUUUUGGGUGACAGUGGAGCAAUCAGAAGUACUAAUGGUAAUGUGGAAUUUGAAUGUAUGGCUUGUUGUUUUGUGGACAUUCCCAAUUUAAAAGAUCUCUUUAUAAUUGCUGUUUUUUUUCCUCAAAAGUUAAUAGAAUUAUUUUCCUUGGGCUAAAAUAAUGGUGUAUGUUAGAGUAGUAUAAUAACCUCAGAAAGACAAAAAAUGGAUGUUGUUUGGAAAUAUAAGAGCAAAUGGAAUUGGUUAUAAAUCUUGGUGGUGAACAGGUAACUCCUCUACAUAUAGCAAUACUGAGUGUUUUUGCUUUGUAUACUUUUUCCUGCCUAUUUUCUAGCUGUGUGGUAAUUAAGUAAAAAAUAAGAUUGGUUGAUUUUGCCACAAUUCUAGCUUUACACAAUUGUAUGCCAUUUCUGGGAUUUUUCAUUCUGGUAUGUGUAAACCUUUAGUCCCCACCUAUAAUUGGUAUGUAUCACAGGGAAACCAUAGCCAGAAAGUCCAGUGGAUUGUCCUUUCCAAAAUACACUGGAGAAGAGAAAACGAGAAAAAUAAACCCUGAUUUGGCAGUUUUUCACAUAUUAUUUUGGCAGUUCUUUUUUUAGUUUUUAGAAAACUAUAAAAUGUCAUCAUGAAAUAUCUAUGUAAUGAUUGUUGAAAUCACAUGCCCAGAGGCAUCAAGAGAUUUAUUUACAGGUUAUUGUGAGAAUUUGGUUUAAUACCAUUUCUAAUUUUGGAAAGAAACACUUCUCACUAAAUUUAUACGCUGACUUCAUCUGCCUGCUUCUCUUCUGCAAAUGUAUUUAUUGAUUGUGAUAAAUGUAGAGAAUGACAGUUUUGUCCCUUUCAUAGCUUCUCAGGUUAGUGAGAAAUACUGAAUUGUCCUUGACAUCUUUAGGUAUAGUAGAGAGUGUGGUAAAGUGAAAAAGAUCAUUAGGUGUGCCACUUUGCUUAAGUUAAUUGUAUCUUUUUUGCUGUAAGAGAGGAUUCUGUUUUGGUGAAGUAGUGCUAGGAAAUUCAUGGUGUUAAAAAUAUAUCAAAAACUUUUUUUAAAAAAAGUAUUAGACUGAGAAUUGAGGAAGAGGCUUGGGUUUUGCUUUGGCUCAUUAAUCCAAGAAAUGAUCAUGGAGCACCUUCCCUAUGUAAUACAUUGUGGUAGCCAUUGUUCUGUAGGACUCUGCUUUUUCCCUCAAGGUAAAUAAAAAUGUGUUGGGGGAGAUAAAAUUUGUUUGUGUUUACAUUCAAUAUAAGGAAAAAUGUUGUAGUGCCAUGAGAGUGAGUCAAAGUUCAGAUAUUGGCAAGAUUCUCUUGGGCUAAAGUGAUGAUAGAAAAAUGCUUGGAGAAUGUGGUAUUUGAGCUGGAAGUUGAAGGAUGGAUAUGAUGUUCGCUGAUGAUAAUGGAAAGAAAGGAAGAAGUAAAGGACACAUAAUGAGCAAUGAUAGGGCAAAGUACGUCAUGUUCAAGAAGUGGUAAAUAAUCCAUUUGGGUUGGAUUGUAGAGUACAUAUAGGAGGAUAAGGAGAGAAGGUUGAAGAGGUAGAAUGGGGUCACACUAUAGAGCUCCCUAAAUACCAGAGACAUUUACACUGUACUCAAUGGGCAGUGGGGAGCUAUGAAAAGUUUUUGAACUUAGGAAUGAAUAAUGUUGAAAGUAGUAAUAUUUUAGUAUUUGGCAGUGGCCUGUAGAAGUGGAAGAUUAAGAGACUAGAGUCAGGGAUACCUAUUAGGAGGCUGUUGGAGUAAUCUAGGCAGGUAAUACAGAUAUUGAAAUAGGACAAUGUAGGAAGGAAGAAGUCACAACUUCUCUGCACUAAUGAACUUUGAAGGAAACUUCCAACUCUAAAAUUCUACAAAAUAUAAUUAUCAGUUAAAUCUCAAAUCAACAUUUACUACGCACUUUCGCUGUGGGAAGAACAUUGUAGUAGAUGCUGGAGUUAUGGCAGAUAAGUAUAAUAUGCAAUAUUACAUGAUAAGUACACUGAAGUUGCAAAAUAAAAUGCCUUGUGAGGUCUGAGGAAGGUAGACUUUUACUCACUUGUUCUAUGAAACCAGAAAUUAUUUUUUAGAACAGUGUACUAUAAAUUAGAAAUUGAAAUGGAGCACAAGACAAUAUUUCGAGAAGCUACUGUAGCUUUCCUCUGGAGCAACUUUAAAAAAAUGGUCUUUCCUUGAACUGCAUUGGGCUAGAAAAGCAAGAUAACCAAAGAAGAAAGUCAGGUUCUUGUGAUACUCAGUUGUGCAGAAAAAUGUCUUCUUAAGGUCAGAUAUACACAGACACAUUUAUGUGAUGAUCUGAUAGAAUUUAUCAGGAUUGGAGGGCUGUUAUUCAUUUGCCUGUGUAGUUGCCUUUCUUUUCCUUACUUAGAGAACUUUAUUAAAGGGACUGUGCUUCCAUUCCCUUUGCUUGCUAACAUGUGCAUUUUCUCCAAGCUUCUGUUCUGCAAGAUACGAUAAAGAUAAUUUUAAUCAUUGAUUUUUUUCUUUUAAGUGAGCUCUGUUUAUUUUCCUUUAUCAACACCCUACACUCUCAGUUCACCACAGACUAAUUAAGUGACAUGACACUUUGUUUUAAGGAUUCAGGUGUGUUAAAUGGUCACUAUUACAGUCUGUGUUGCAACAAAAAUUGUUUCAACACAAUAUCAGGGCUCGUUAAGAACUAAUAGCUAUUUGUAGCCCAGAAGCAUCUCAAAAUAGCAGUUCUUAUUGAUGAAACAAACUAGGCAGAGGAUAUAUUUGCCUGUAUAUAUGGUAACCCCAAAAAACAAAACCCCAAAGUAGAAUAGAGUGAAUGUAAAUUUAAUUGCGUUGAAUUGCUGUCCCAGCAUAAUGGAAUAGUGCCAUAUUUCUUUCAACAAGCUAAGGAGUUGGGUUUUCAAGACUCAUAAGAUUUUCUUUGCAAAUAAUAGUAAUAAUUAUGGAAUUAUGUUAAAGUUUUUGUAUUUUAGCAAGUCUGACUCUCAUUUAUCGUAAAUAUUUUUCCAUGGAUCAACCAAGUUAUUUGAGAAAGCUUACACUUGGUUAUUCGUGGUCAAAGAUGAUAGUCACAGGUAAAAUUUCUUACAGAAAAGCAUUGCUUUUGUGGAAAUGUUUUUACAACUUGUCUCUUGAUUUCCUUUUUUGUGGUUACUUUUUUAUUUAUCCAAUGAUAUGAAAACAGUAUUUUUGCACAAUUGUGAUAUGCAUAAAUAAUCUCUAAUAGUAUAGCCAACUCUAUGCACUAGCUUUUGUGGUGUUUAAUAGUGUGUUUUCUCUGCUAUUGUGCCCAUAUUUGUCUAAAUGUAAAAUACUGUGAUUUUUGUAGAUUUGGCAGUCUAGCAUGUCAACUAUAAUGUAAUUAGCCUGUGUUAUAAAUGGUGACAACGGCAGUUUUCGUAUCAUGUAAAGUACAGAGAAUAAAACUGCUGAUAUUCCUCCUAUCACUUUCUAGGUCAGAAAACUUAUCAUGAAAACUAUUUAAUAACAACUCUGCCUUAGCAGGAACAGAUUGUGUAUGUUUUGUGUGAACUUGUAUAGUAAUAAAGUCAAAAUUAUGAUUAAUGUUA